AUGUCAACAUCAUUCUGCAGCAUUGGUUGUCAAACUGACAAUGUUCAUAUAUUAUCAGACGAAGAGUGCCAGCUAUUAAUUCAAAUGAAACAAGCAAUGGUAACGAAAGAUGAAGUGACGGAAACAAUGGAUGUUUUAUCUGAUAAAUUAUCUCUGCUUACAAAGAGCAUUUAUAACAAUCGCAAAUCAAUGAAUGGUAAUGAUUCAAUGCAAAACACAGCUCUAGAAAAUGUUCAAAAUAUUGCUCAAGUUAAACAAGAAUCUCACAAUUCAUUCGAAGGGAUUAUGUCAGAAGUUGGUGGAAUUUCUACAUCCAAAUCGUCAGCAGUUGGUAAUAAACUAACUUCGUCUUUAAAUACAACUCAACAAAAAAUUUCAGUAGUAAAGAAAAAUAGUGUUCCAUCAUCGCCUCCAAUUAAACCGGCAAUAAUACGUGCAAAAGUUCGAUUAUCAUUAAAUGAUAUAUUAAUAAAAAGAUCAAACCAAGCCAGAUUAAACGGAUAUACAUCGGAGAGCAUUAAACAAACAAGUGUACAAAUUGAAAAUGAAAUCUAUCGAUUAUUUGGUAAUACAAAUGAGAAAUAUAGGCAAAAAUCUCGACAAAUAUUAUUCGCAAUUAAAAAUGAAAAUAAUAAGUUGUUUGCGCAAAUUGUGAAUAAAGAAGUUGAUGCUAAACACUUAGUUGAAAUGAAAUCCAACGAUUAUGUGUUGUUAGAAGCCAAAGAACAUCAAAAUUUAGCAAUUAUUCAGGUGUUUGUUUAUUAUUCAUUUCUUUUGUCAUGUGACUGGACACAUUUUGAACAAAUAACAAUGUUCUUCAUAGAGGACAAACUUAGUCCAAAACAAGAAGAUACUGCAUUACCAAAGCGUUCAACAAUGAAAUGUACACGAGCAGGAUUGAUUGAUCUUGAAACAAAGGCUCAGUCAAAUAAGAUUAUUCAACAAUUGAUACCUAAAAAAAGCACACCAAAACCAACCACUAUUGCUUGCUCAACGGUCAUAAUCUCACCGAUUAAGAAGAAAACAAUACAUAAAAAAUCUUCAUUAAUGGAAAAGGAGCCGAAGUUGGUCGUACCGAAUAGAGGAAUUAUCGAUGAACAACAGCUAUCUGUGAUAGACAUAGGUCUAUCUCCAUCGCUUGAAUCCGUUCAUGAACAUAUAGAUAUCCCUUUACCACCAUUAUUAGACCCAAUAGAUGAUACAUUUUUGACUGUGCUAUCUAUGGAUGAAUCAAAAAAUCAAAGUAGAGUUAAUAAUAAAACGUCAACUGAUGAAUAUUGGAAAAAGCAAAGAAAUGUCACAGACAUCAAGUUAGAAAAACAAACAGACGUUAACAAAUCAUUUCACACAUCAGAUCCUCGUUUAUCACUUAUCACUUAUUAUUGGCAUGGUAUUAUAUGUCGGGAUGAUACACGAAAAUGUGAUUGUCAAUCAAGUUCAGUUUAUGGUUCAAAUUAUUUAUGCACUAAUAUUCCUAAUGAAUUGUCAAUCUGUGGUCAUUUAAAAACGACGGAUCUAUGGCCAUAUAUUGUACAAUCAAUGGCAUCUGAUCGUGACCUGUUAUUGAUGAAUAUUACCUCAACAUCUGUUUCUUCGUCUUUAUUUAAUCGUUAUCUUGCUUUACUUUGUUCAACAAAAUAUGUUGGUGUAGCAAAAAAAUGUAUUGAUGAAAAAAUAGAAAAUAUUUAUUUGAUACCAGUUAACGAUUUAAAUGAAUUUCCAUUAUUUUUACGAGAAAUGAUUACACUAACCGAUAAUCAUAUACAUUUUUCAACCACUUAUUAUGCGUAUUUGUUUAUGUGUAUUAUCUCGACAACUAAACGACAAAAAACAAUUAAAAACCAACAACAGAGCGCUCCUAACAAUAAUCAACAAAUAGUCGAUGCACCUGUUUUACCAGUACCCUCCACCUCUAUUCAAUGUGAAACAACAAACGAUCCAAGAAUUCGAAAUGAAUAUAAUUUCCGAUGCCAGUUAAAUCGAACCGAUGGUCAACCAGAUACACAGAUGCAAAUUGAUGAUGAUGAUAUUAAAACAAAUGAACAAAAACAAGUUUUAUCGUCUAGUUCAUCAGUCAUGAUUGUCAAAAAAGAUUUAACUAAACUAGAGAGUACAAAUUCAACGUCUUUUUUUUCUAAACGUAAAAUGAGAGCCUAUCGUGGUCCUUGUCCAUUGAUCGAUAAUGCUAUACCAUUUUAUUUGAAAGAUAUGAAAAAGUAUGUAGAUCAUUUGCCCUGUCCUCGAAGGACAGAUAAAAAAACUAAUUUAUUUGAUCAUCUUGAAAAUUAUCAUAAAAUUGAAUAUAAAUUAAUCAAACAAAUUUUAACAUCAGUAAUGAAUAAUCAACAUUUUAAUAUUGAUAAACAACAAACAUUACCAUCGGUAUCACGAAUCGAAGACGCAUAUAGUAAAGAAAUGAAUUUUAAUACAAAUGAACACCAAGAUUCAUUAACAUAUAAAGGCAAAUGUCCAUUGAAAGAAUAUUGUUUUGGUAUUAGUGAUCAACAUAAAAUUCGAUUAUGUCAUGAAACCAAUUUUAAUAAUCAAACAAUUAUUUUAUAUCCUCAUUUACGUCAUUAUCAUCAUUUAUCUUCUGAUGCAUCUUUAAAAUUAAUCAAGGCUAUUGAACAAAAUCGUAAUAAAUACGAGCAGAUAUUUAAAUCGAAUGAAUGGAUAAAAAAGUGA